AUGAUGGCUGGACCGACUCGAAACGACGGUGAAUCGUCGGAGGCGGUGGGGAUUCCGACCGGUUUGAAUCGAAUUAAGACUCGUAUUACGUCUUCUUCCAACGAUAACAAUCAGCUCAGCUCUAGUAAUUUCCAUAGAAAGUCUAUAGCUAGUCGUUUCAAGCAGAAUCAUCAGAGGUCUUUUUCCAAAGGAUUUGUGAAGCUUCAUUCUUCUAAAGAAGGAUUCCGCAAAGGGAAAAAAAUUGCUCGAUGGUUGACAUCUCAUCUUUCCAAGGAUUCUGAUAGAGCUCUUAGAGAUAAGCCUCCUGAAACUGAGGUGAGACUUCAUAAAAGACAACAUGAGGUCAAGGCAUUCGAUAAGGAAGCUGUUUCAAGUAAACAACAGAAGGUAAGAAGAUCCACAUUUGGAAAGCAAACUGAAGCAGGAAACAUAGAUAAAAUGCCAGAAGUGAUGAAAAGCUUUUCACAUGAACUCGGGCCUAAAGGUGGCAUUAGACCUUUAUACACACGAUCUCAUAGCUUUAGUGAUUUGAAGGAACUUUUGGGAUCAUUGAGGUCAAACUUCAAUGCUGCAAAAGAUUUGGUAAACACAGAGCUAGCAUGCUUCAAAGGGGAGGUGAUUGAGGUAUCACAAAAGUCAGAAACAUUAUCUUUAGAAGAUCAAAGAUCAAUUCAACACCUUCUCAUUCUUUCUAAAGAAUGUAUAGAGAUGUCAUGCCAAGACUUUCGCACCAAAUGUGAAGCCAUUGUUCAAGAUUUAACAAAAAAGAGGCAAGAUUGCCAAACAGGCCCAUUGAAAUGGCUUUUUACUCGGAUGCUUUUUAUACUAACACGCUGCACAAGGUUGUUGCAUUUUGAGAAACACAGUGAGCAUAUUGAUGAGGUGUCCCUUCUUAAAAUGAAAGAAUGUUUAGAAAAGAUUCCUUCAUAUGAAAUGAGCCGGAUUUUAAAGUUAGGAAUCGUUGAUUCCCAUUCCACUGAUGGUUUAAAUAAUAAGUUAUUGGAUAAUGAAAAAAAAUUACAUACACAAAAGGAGGAUUCAACAGAGAGAUGGCCACAAUCUGAAGAUUCGGGCGAUUUAGUAAUUUGUCGGAUAUGUGAAGAAUAUGUUCCAGCUUCACAUUUGGAGUCUCAUUCUUAUAUAUGUGCAUAUGCAGAAAAAUGUGAUAUAAAAGAUGAUAGCCCUCAAAAUUCACAAUUUCAAAAUUUAGAUGGAUGCUCUCCUAAAAUGAGUGAGUGGAGAAAUAAAGGCGUUGAAGGAAGCAUGACAUCAGCAUCUUCCACACCAAAAGCUGCAAACUUUGACUUCUUCUGGUUAGAACUCAACCAUCCUUCCGAGUUAGAGGAUGUGCAACAGAUGACAGAUCUUAGAGACAUUGCUCAUUCUGCAGCAGAGACAGAUCUAAUGGAAGAAAGUUCACAUGAGGCCUUGCUUACUUGUAUGGAAGAUUUACAAGAUGUUUUACAACAUAGCAAGUUAAAAGCACUUGUUAUUGAUACAUUUGGUCAUCGAAUAGAAAAACUCAUUAGAGAGAAAUACAUAUUUGCAUGUGACUUAGAGACUUCAAAUAGAAGAAUGAGUGAUGUUGUGGACACUGCAUCUCCAAGUAGUUCAGUUUCAACUCCUUCACAUUCUCUACAUAAAGAGAGAACAAGCAUUGAGGAUUUCGAGAUUAUUAAACCAAUAAGUAGAGGAGCUUAUGGGAAAGUAUUUCUUGCACGUAAAAGAACAACUGGUGAUUUAUUUGCUAUAAAGAUCCUCAAGAAAAUGGACAUGCUAAGAAAAAAUGACAUUGAAAGGAUAGUUGCUGAACGUAAUAUAUUAAUCACAGUUCGAAACCCAUUUGUGGUUAGGUUUUUCUAUUCAUUUACAAGCAGAGAUAAUCUUUAUUUAGUGAUGGAGUAUCUAAAUGGAGGUGAUCUAUUCUCUUUGCUAAGGAAUGUUGGUUGCCUUGAAGAAGAUAUAGCACGCAUUUACAUUGCAGAAUUGGUUCUUGCUCUUGAAUACCUUCAUUCACUAGGCAUUGUUCAUCGAGAUCUUAAACCUGACAAUAUAUUAAUCGCACACGAUGGUCAUAUCAAGCUUACAGAUUUUGGGCUGUCUAAAAUUGGUCUAAUAAACAGUACGGAUGAUUUGACGAGACCAGAGUCAAAGGGUGUUAUUGUUUCAGAUGGUCAAAGCGUUGACCAUGAAUGGAGUAGUGUUGAUAGAAGGGGGCGAUCAGCUGCUGUUGGAACCCCACCUUUUAAUUCAGAUCAUCCAGAGAGAAUAUUCAACAACAUUCUUAAUGCAAAAAUCCCAUGGCCUUCUGUUCCAGAUCAGAUGUCGUAUGAAGCCCAAGACCUGAUUAACAGGUUUCUUAUUCAUGACCCUAAUCAGCGUCUAGGAGCACAUGGAUCAUCUGAGGUAAAAUCACAUCCGUUCUUUAAUGGUGUAAACUGGGAUACACUUGCCAUGCAGAAGGUUGCUUUUAUACCACAACCAGAUGGCAUAGAUGAUACUAGUUACUUUAUUUCAAGACAUAGUUGUAGUUCAACUGGAACACCUGAUGAUCAAGACUGUAGUGAUGCAGCUUCAGACACUACUGAAUUCUGUUCAGACACUAGAGAAAAGAUGGAUGUAUGUGGAGAUCUUGCAGAGUUCGAAGCACCUCCCGAUGAUGAUCUUUCAUGGAUAAAUUUCUCUUUCAAGAACUUAUCACAAUUGGCAUCAAUUAAUCAUGAAGUGCUUCAACAAAACAGCAAGGAUGUGUCAAGAUGUUCAUCUCCACAAAAUGCUCCAACCUCGUAGAUUCUUGUAUGCUUUCCUUUAGUAGAAAGCAUACGUAGUUUAAAGUUGUCAUCACUACCAUAAAUGCCCCUUUGAGUGUAAGAUUUCUCCUUCCUUUUUCCUCAUCGAGUGAGGGCAAUAUUGGAAAUUCAAUGUAGCAUUGUUAUAGCUAGCGACAAAGUUAACUUCCAACACCAUAUGGAAAAAAGCAAUAUUUGAAGUUAAUGAUUGUUAUGUGGAAAUGUAGUGGAAAAACUUUAACUUUUUUUUAACAGUUUACAAGUAUUCAUGAAACAUAAUGGCAC